AGUCCAGAUGAAUGCCAAAGAGGAGCCUUGAGUGUCGGAGUGGAGUAUGCCAGUCACAGGCUGAAUCCCCUCUCACAGUGUCCCUCAAACUGCGCCAGCACCGCUCCCUCCAGGAUCCGAUGAUUACAGGGCAGCUGAGCAAGCCGCUGCUCUCCCUGCGCAGCGACAUGAGCGCGGCAGAACUCCGGGCGGACGACAAAGCGGCCACCCCAGACAGCGAUCUGAACGACGAGCCCCUGCUCCUGCCCUCCGAGGCCACGGACAGAGAGGGCACUCCCAACAAGCUGUACGGAGCUCGUGACGGUUCGGUCCAAUCUGACACCAGCAGCAGUCCUUCUGAGCAGAGUCAGCUGGGCCAGUCCCACCCAGGAUACCCAAUGGGUCCACAGUCUCUUCUGGUGGCCCAGCAGCUGGCCAACGCAGUCGGCGGCGUGAUGUCCGGGGCAGCACCAGGCAUGAACCAGCCCAUCCUCAUCCCCUUCAACGCAGGCGGACACCUUGGUGGGCAGCAGGGCCUCGUUCUCUCCCUGCCCACUGCCAACAUCCAGAGCCUGGUGGCUGCCGCUGCUGCAGGGGGCAUCAUGACGCUCCCCCUCCAGAACCUGCAAGCUACCUCAUCACUGAACUCCCAGCUUCAACACCUGCAGCAGCUCCAACAGAUGCAGCAGCACCACCAGCAGCAGCAGCAGCAACAACAACAGCAACAGCAGCAGCAGCAUCAGCAACAGCAGCAACACCAUCACCAACAGACCCUCUCCCACACCCAGAACCAGCUGCCACCCCAGCAUCACAUGACCCCGCCCAGCCAGCAGCAGACCUCCGUCCCAUCUCCAGGCUCCACUUGCUCCUCCACCUCUGGACAACCGCAGCACUCCCCGCCGCACCGGCCCAACCAGUCACCGGCUCGCAGCCUUCCCUCGCCCGUCACCCCACCCAUGCCUUUGUCGCUAAAUCCACUGGCAAGCCAGGCUGCGGUAGCGGCGGCAGCAGCCAUGGGAUCCAUCGCUGGUUCUCAGGUGUUCGGCAACGCCCUGUCAAACCUGCAAGGAGCCACCGGUCAGCUGGUCACCAACGCACAAGGACAGAUAAUUGGAACAAUCCCACUGAUGCCCAACUCUGCAGGGCCCUCCAGCCAAUCAGGGGGUGGCAACCCAGCACUGCAGGUACAGCCAAUUACACCUCAGCUUCUGACCAACGCUCAAGGCCAGAUCAUCGCCACAGUGAUCGGCAAUCAGAUCCUGCCUGUCAUCAACACCCAGGGAAUCACGCUGUCACCAAUCAAGCCUGGACAGCAGCUGCCUCAGGCUCAGCAGGGUCAGACAGGCCCCGCAUCAUCUCAGCCCAACCUGCUCCACAUGCCCCACAGACAGAGUCCUCUCCACCAGGCCUCUUCCUCCUCCUCCACCUCCUCCUCUUCCUCGGCUCUCAGCGUGGGGCAGCUGGUCAGCAACCCGCAGACCGCCCCCAGCGAGGUGGACGGGGUCAACCUGGAGGAGAUUCGUGAAUUCGCCAAAGCAUUCAAGAUCCGCCGGCUGUCCCUGGGCCUGACACAGACUCAGGUGGGCCAGGCGCUCAGCGCCGCAGAGGGGCCGGCGUACAGCCAGUCUGCCAUCUGCAGACACACCAUCCUGAGAAGCCACUUUUUCCUACCACAGGAAGCCCAAGAGAACACUAUAGGUAGCAGUCUGACAGGCAAACUGAACCCUGGCCUUUUAUAUCCUGCCAGGUUUGAGAAGUUGGACAUCACCCCUAAAAGCGCCCAGAAGAUUAAGCCCGUUCUGGAGCGCUGGAUGGCCGAGGCUGAAGCCCGCCACCGAUCCGGCAUGCAGAACCUGACUGAGUUUAUCGGCAGCGAGCCUUCCAAAAAACGCAAGCGGAGGACCUCUUUCACCCCACAGGCGCUCGAGAUCCUCAACAGCCACUUUGAGAAGAACACACACCCCUCUGGACAGGAAAUGACGGAAAUCGCGGAGAAACUGAACUAUGACAGGGAGGUGGUGCGCGUCUGGUUCUGCAACAAGAGGCAAGCCUUGAAAAACACAAUAAAGCGUUUGAAACAGCCCGACCUCGGCCCGGCUGCACCGAUGGACCCUCUCACUGAUUCUCUAGAGGAGCUCCCAAAAUGAACGAGCUGGAGUGGAAAAGUGGCAGCCAUUAAAAACAACAGAGGUGGACGAACUCAUCUUGAAGUGAAAAAUGCUCUCGAGUCACCCGGACGGACAGUCAUGAGUUUGCAAACAAAAACUAUGUGUUGUCAGUGUGAUUACCACAGCUAUGUAAAUGACCUUGGCGAAACCAAAAACAUGAAAAAAGAGAUUAAUAUCUGAGAAUUAUGUAAAAACAUACGGUGUGCUGUUUUCAAAGAGUUUUAGAUCCUGGCCUUACAGACCAGACUAUCGCCCAAAUUUUGGUUCCCACGAGGAGGGAUUUAGUAAAGAGAUCAUACCAAAU